AUGGGAAUACCUAAAUUCUACAGGUGGGCCGUGAUGAAAUACCCAAGGAUCGUCUCCCCCGCGAAGGAAGAACCAGAGGGACCUGAUGGUGGCAAUGGCAAUUUCAUCUACGACAACCUCUACCUGGACAUGAAUGAGAUCAUCCAUAAUUGCUUCCACCCGCAGGACCAGAAGUAUACACGCAUACAUGUGCCCCCUCCGAUGACACUCCACGAGGUGUUCGAGUCCAUGUUCGGAGACAUGGAUCGCUUGUUCCGCAUCGUCCGGCCGAGAAGGCUCCUCUACUUGGCAGUAGAUGGCGUCGCUCCUUGCGCCAAAAUGUACCAAGUGCGAGGUGGACGGGUGAAUCAAGGGAAGGAGGUGCCAGCGCGAGAGACUUCCGAGAUUCCUGACCCCAAUGUCAUCACACCAGGAACUGAAUUCAUGGAGAAGAUAUCACAAGCGCUCGACUAUUACAUCCGUGCCAGAUUGAAUAGUGACCCCGGGUGGAAAGAUAUCAUGGUAAUACUCUCCGAUGCAAAUGUUCCUGGAGAAGGGGAGCACAAGAUCAUGUCGUUCAUCCGUGCGCAACGCAGCAUGGAAGGCUAUGACCCCAACACUCGACACUGCUUGUAUGGGCAUGAUGCGGAUCUGAUCAUGCUUGCUUUGGCAUCUCAUGAAGUCCACUUCUCUAUUUUGCGUGCGGAUACGCGACCCCCAAAUCAGGCAGAAACACAAGGGAAACCGAAGAAACAAUAUCUGUUUUUGAACAUAUGGGUUCUGAGAGAGUACUUGGAGAUUGAUUUCAAGAUACUGGACCCAGUCCGCGAACCUGAUACUGAGAGGCUAAUAGAUGACUUCAUCUUUAUUUGUUUCUUGAUAGGAAACGAUUUCAUCCCACAUAUUCCAUCACUUAAGGCGCAUGAGGGUGCAGUUGAUCUUCUCAUCGAAGUGUACAAAACAACCUUCAACAAAAUGGGAGGGUAUAUAGUCAACACAGACAAAGUGAAAGAUAAACAUGGUGCGUGUCUGGAAGUCUCAAGGUUGGAAAUAUUUCUUCAUGAACUGUCCAUGUAUGAAGAGAGAAUUCUUCGCAAAAGAUAUGAACUGGAGCAGGACUCCUUGCAGAAGAUGCGUCGCGAAAUGUUGUGUACAGCUUCAGAAAGUGAAAGAUCAGAGCUGAGGCAACAAUUUAAUGAAGAACAACCAUAUGACAGAAUAAGACUGGGAUUACCAGGAUGGAAAUCCCGGUUCUUCAGGGAGUAUUUCGGUGUACAAACUUCGAAUGAAAUAGGAAAGCUGCAGAACGACAUGGCUCAGAAGUAUUUAGAAGGACUUUGUUGGGUGCUUCAAUGCUAUUUUGCCGACGUUCCAUCAUGGAGCUGGUACUACCCAUUUUUUGUUUCUCCUUUCGUCUCCGAUCUCAAAGGUCUUUCUCAGUUCGAGAUAUCUUUCACUCUGGACAAACCUCUACGGCCGUUUGAUGAGCUCAUGGCAGUUUUGCCACCACGAAGCUGGUCUGCUCUCCCAGAAUGUUACAGGAAAUUAAUGGGCCGCGAAGACUUUAACUAUCCGAAGUUGAAGUUGGUGACUAACACGAAUGGGAAACGUUUCCUGUGGAAGGGUAUCUCUGAGGAACUGCUGCUUUCGGCUACCAGAGUGGUAGAUAAAGAGCUCACGGUUCAUGAAUCGAAACGGAAUACCACUCGACAAGAGAAGAUCUUCCUGCACAGGAACUCAAAAUCUCUGCCACACAUUGAAGUCAUUGUACAAACAUCAUACCAUUCACCGCAAAAGCUUCCGAUAGAUUCGGCUGCGAGUGGAAUUGGAGGGUGGAUAUCGCCUGAUGAGGAUGGUGGCUUCAGCAGCGGUUCCCUUCGCACACCCAUAAAAGAUCUGCUGGACAUCACGAAUGAUCAGGCAAUAUCAGCUAACUUCUUCAACCCUGAGGCAGCAAACCCAAUUCCAAGACUACUUGGCAAUGUCAGAGUACCUAAAAAGACUGUUACGGGAGCUCACAUCUCGAAGAGGCCACUCUGGCACACGUACCAGGGCUCAAGGCCGCCAGCGCCCAUACUUCAGAGGCCGGACACUAUCUGGAAGCCGAGCACGCCGGUCUCGCCGCGGGAAGAGCACAAGCACGCCGGCACAGGGUGGAUGGGGCGGGGGAGAGGGAACAGCGGUGCCGGUGCCGCCGCCCACACGAAGCCCACCGGUAGCUGCACCUACGGACAUGGGGCAGGGAGCGGCACUGCCUCCGAGGUGCAACGGUGCAGCAGCAGCAGCUACGGCGACAGCUAUAGGAAAGGUUUCCAUUGGGUGGACAUGGCGCAAAGCCCCAAGGACAGCUGGUUUGACAACGGCGGUGCAUACAGUUUCCGACCGCCUGGAAGUGCGCCGUGGACAGGAGACGGCAGCCGCGGAGGCGGAAAUGGAGGCGCCGGUCAUGGCCGGAGCGUGCAGCCACGUGGUUGGUAG